UAGGAGCACACCCAUAUCAGCAAUUAUCAGCGACGGUUACUAUCUCCAGAUAUACCGGCGGGGGGAAGAAGAGUCACCGCAGUCGUCCCGGAUUCCCACAACAACAAAAACCUCGGGGUUCAUUCAUCUCCGAUCAGUGCGCGUAACUUUUAUGCAUAAAAAAACCACCAAAGCCGUUUGGAGACGCUACCCCUGCGCUGCGUCACCCGUCUGUAUGUGAGUCCGUCUGUGUGGAGCGACAGAGUUAGCCCGAUUCGUGGACGCCUCAAGGACCCGGACUGCUUUAUCACCCGACCGUCCUUAUCUGGACAAGAAUCUCCACAAGAAGUCUAUUAAGUCGUUGGCUCCAAAAGACACAGACGGACUCUUCUGAGGAGGCUGGACAGGAUCCCCCAAAACGGUUUGUGAAGAUGUAUCAGAGCCUGGCCCUGUCCUCCAACCAGUCCCCGUACGCGCACGAUACCGGGAAUUACAUCCACCCGUCGGCCAGCUCUCCGGUCUACGUCCCCACCACCAGAGUCCCCUCCAUGCUGCCCACGCUGCCUUACCUGCAGACCUGCGACUCGACCCACCAGUCCCACGGCCUCGGCGGGCACCACGGCUGGCCCCAGACCGGCGCGGACGGCUCCUCCUUCGCGCCCGGCAGCCCUCACCCUCCGCACGGCUUCUCGUACUCUCACAGCCAGCCCGUCAGCAGCAACACCGGCCGGGACGCGACCUACCAGAGCCCGCUGGUCCUCGGCAACGGCGCUCGGGCAGACCAGUACGGGGGCGCACUGGUGCGCUCGGUCGCGGGAUCCUACUCCAGCCCCUACGCGUACAUGAGCCCGGAGAUGGCGACGUCCUCCUGGACGCCGGGGCCCUUUGAGAGCGGAGUGAUUAGUCUGCAGGGACGGCACGGAGGACUGUCCGGGAGGAGGACCAGUCUGGACCUGAUCGACGACAUGUCCACCGAGGGCCGAGAGUGCGUCAACUGCGGCUCCGUAUCCACGCCGCUGUGGCGCCGGGACGGCACCGGACACUACCUGUGCAACGCCUGCGGCCUCUACCACAAAAUGAACGGCAUCAACCGGCCUCUCAUCAAACCGCAGAAGCGAUUGCAGAUCACGUCUCGCCGGGCCGGCCUCUGCUGCACCAACUGCCACACCAGCACCACUACGCUGUGGAGACGCAACGCUGAGGGGGAACCUGUGUGUAACGCCUGCGGCCUCUACAUGAAGCUGCACGGGGUGGCCAGACCUCUGGCCAUGAAGAAAGAGAGCAUUCAGACCAGGAAGCGCAAACCCAAGAUGCCCAAGAACAAAAUGUCCACAGGAUCCGCCGCCUCUGACACCAGCUCCCCAACCUCCCUGUCGGUCUCAGAACACGCCUUGACCAUUAAGAGCGAACCCAACAUGGCCCCAUCGCCGUACGCUGGACAGACGGUCACGUCUGCUACUCAGGCGGCGUCUCAGUUAGACGGCACAGGAUCGGGACACGUGGACGUUAAAUACGAGGAUUAUCCCUUUACCCCGAGCUCCAUGGCCCCACAGAACUCCUGGUGUGCUCUGUCUCAAGCGUGAGGCCGACCGACGCCGCAGAGCUCUCCGUCCUGCAACUCUCCACGCUGGAGCUGUGGGACAAAACUGUGACUAUCUGACGGCUCCAUGUGUUCAGGCGCUCUGUUGGACGCCUUGAUCUAAUCCACUUGCCAUACUAUAUACUGUGACACACUGGCUCUGCGACGGGACACAGGGUACGGGGCUGCCGUUACAAAAGGAUGCGUACACAGCACGCCGACUCAACGGCUCAGCCAGGGCAAAGAACACAGCUGAACUAGGACAAAAAAACCUAAGGCUGGCUCUGCUGAACUCUCACCCAACAAGCUACAUUUCCUCAGCGGGACAACAAGACCUACCUUUUACUAAAAGAAAUCUCUAUUUUUUGGAGAAACUCUCACCAAUUAUAGCAACGCAGAGACAAUCAAGUGGAAUGUAAAAUAAAACAUGGAUACAAUAACCUCUUUUUUUAUAGCUGACAACUGGUUUUAGCUUUAUGUAGAGUUGUUGUUGUGGCUGGUGUUUGCCGAUACCCUUCUGUGGUCUUUUCAAGAACAUAAUGAGAGCAGUUUACGCAUAUUAUUGUCAUCGCAGAGGAAAAAAAACGGAUAAUGGACAGAAAAAGACCUUUUUUAUGGCUGUUGAACAUGUCUCAUUACAGAUGUGGAGAUGAUUAACCUUUAUGGGCACAUUAUUUAUGUUGAGAUAAGGACAGUUAAAAGUCAUGGUGGACACUAAUAGCAGCCAGAUAUAGCCCCGCUGCUCACUGUUGUAGAAUGGCCGGUGUGUUGACGCUGAGGUUGUGUGAGUGACUUUACAAGAUAUAAACUGCAUCGAUUUGAUGAUGCAUUUGACAAUCAGAACCAGUCGUCUUGAUUCUGACAUCAUGACUACAUAUCAGAAUUUUGUUUCAUUUUACUGCUUUAAUAUUUGACAUUAAUGAAAGUGCAAUGACUCAGUUUUUCAUUUAAGCAAUUGAAAGCACAAAAAAAUGAGUGUGAAUGAUUCUAAACAUAAUAAUCUAAUUUUAUUGUCUGUAUUUUGUCAAUAAGGGAUUUUUAUUGUUAUAAUGUUCCAAAGAACUCUCUAUUUUCCCUCUCUUUUCAAUGCUCUUUGGAAUCUGUUCAGGUUAAUAAACUGAUUCACAUAAUA